AUGCCUGGAUUAGCUAGAACAUUGGUGGAGCAUAGACUCCCAAUUAAAGGAAAUUUUAUUCCUCAUAAACAACCUCCAAGAAGGAUGACUAAUGAAGUUAUCUUAUUGGUUAAAGAAGAAAUCGAAAGGUUGCUCAAUACAGUGGUUGAUCUGUUAGUUGAUUCAGCAGCCGAGAGCAAGGUUUUGUCCUUUAUGGAUGGACAUGCUGGGUAUAAUCAGAUCUUUAUUAACCCAGAGGAUACACAUAAGACAGCAUUUAGAUGUCCUAGUGCCUUAGGGACAUUUGAAUGGGUAGUCAUGCCUUUUGGAUUAAAGAAUGCAAGAGCGACUUAUCAAAGGGCAAUGAACUUCAUUUUCCUUGAUUUGAUUGGAAAAUAUUUAGAAGUUUAUAUAGAUGAUGUAGCCAUCAAAUCUGACAAUUUUGAUGAGCAUCUAGAACAUUUGCAGCAGACAUUUCAAAGAAUGAGGACAUACAAACUCAAAAUGAACCCUUUAAAGUGUGCAUUUGGAGUUUCUGCUGGAAAUUUCUUAGGCUUUUUAGUACAUCACAAAGGAAUAGAAGUGGAUGCUAAUAAAGCCAAAGCCAUUUUGGGGGCAAGACCUCCAGCCAACAAGAAAGAGUUGCAAAGCUUUUUAGUACAUCACAAAGGAAUAGAAGUGGAUGCUAAUAAAGCCAAAGCCAUUUUGGGGGCAAGACCUCCAGCCAACAAGAAAGAGUUGCAAAGUUUUCUUGGAAAAGUAAAUUUUUUGAGGCGAUUCAUAGCUAAUUUGGCCAAGAAAACUUUAGCAUUCUCUCCUUUAGUGAAAAUUAAGUCAGACCAUGAGUUUAAGUGGGAAGUGUGCCAUCAAGAAGCUUUUGACUUGCUUAAAAAAUACUUGACAAACCCACCAGUGCUUAUGCCACCAGUGGCAAGAAAGCCUUUGAAAUUGUAUAUAUCAGCUUCUGACCGGUCGAUUGGUUGCUUAUUGGCUCAAGAAAAUGAUAUGGGUCAUGAACAAGCUAUUUACUACUUAAGUAGAAGGUUAAAUGAUGCUGAAACUAGAUAUAAUCUUGUUGAGAAAUUGUGUUUGGCACUUUAUUUCACAGCCAUUAAAUUGAGGCAUUAUUUGCUGCCAAUAGAAGUAUUUGUGAUAGCACAAGCAGAUGUCGUUAAAUAUAUGUUGUCUAAACCAAUUUUAAGAGGGAGACAAGGUAAAUGGAUAUUAGCAUUAAUUGAGUAUUGUCUCAAGUAUGUGCCACAAAAAGCAGUCAAGGGGCAAGCUUUGGCUGAUUUCUUAACGAAACAUCCUGGCACUUCUGUCGAUUUAGACCUAUAUGAGGUCAAUUUGGUGGAAAGUGAACCAUGGAAAUUGAUGUUUGAUGGUUCAAAAACAGAUGAAGGAGUUGGAGCAGGUAUUGUGUUGAUUGCACCAAAUAAGCAAAUGUAUCAGUUUGCAUAUCAGUUGGAAGCACAUGUACAGUCUUGUAAUCAAGCUGAAUAUGAAGCCUUGAUAAUUGGCCUAGAAUUGGCCAUAGAAUUCAGGAUUAGAAGCCUCCAGGUUUUGGGAGAUUCCCAAUUAGUCAUUAAACAAGUUUUGGGAGAGUUUAAAUGUGUUAGUGGUGCUCUGGAAGAGUAUUUAAUUGAGGUCAAAUUGUUAACUAGUUUCUUUGACCAUAUCACAUUCACACAUAGGUUUAGACUGGAGAAUAAAGAGGCUAAUGAAAUGGCUCAAGCAGCUUCUGGACUAAAAAUACCUAAAGGGGCUCAGGAAAGGGUGAUUCGAAUUCAAAAAAGAAAUUUUUCUGCACUUAAAAAUAGGUGUAGGAAUUUCCUACCUAUUCUCACUUUGGAUGUGACAGAAAAAGAUUGGAGAUUCCCUUUAAUAAAGUACCUAUCGAAUCCCAAUGAAAAAAGCAGUAGGCAGAUGAGGUUUCAAGCCUUAAACUAUGUUGUCAUGGGAGAUCAUCCAACAAGCCCUGUAGCAGAGGUGAAUUUGUUAAUUGCAAAGGUCAUGACACAGAACAUAAAACACUGUUCCAGCAUCAGGCAUCAGGCAGAUUGGAAAAUGGUUCCUGGAUUAAAGACUGGUCGGCUUCGGAAAAAGACACUCACGCAGCUAGAAACAGACUCGCCAGCUGCUAUUCCUUUAGGAUCAACCGUUGCUCCAUCUCGUGUUCUCCCCGUCCCAUCAAAUUUGGGACCAUCUCAUAAUGCCACUAGCGAACCAAUGGUUGAUUCUGAUGAGACAUAA